AUGCCUCUCGAAGCAGUGGUCAUCAUUGCUGACAACAGCGAAAGCUCCCGCAAUGGAGACUACCAGCCCACACGGUUCGAUGCGCAGGCCGAUUCCAUCAACAUCCUCUUCGACUCCAUCACACAAGGAAACCCCGAAUCCUCAGUAGGUCUGAUGAGCAUGGGCGGCAAGGGCCCCGAGGUCCUCUCAACUCUCACAACAGAACGAGGCAAGCUGCUCGACGGCCUACACCGCACCAAGAAGAAGAUCUCGGGAAAGUCACAUCUCGCCACAGGAAUUCAGAUUGCUAGUCUCGCCCUCAAGCACCGCCAGAACAAGUCACAACGCCAAAGGAUCAUCGUGUUCGUCUGCUCCCCUGUCGAUGACGACGAGAAGAAGCUGGUCUCCCUUGCCAAGAAGAUGAAGAAGAGCGCCAUCGACAUUGACUUUGUACUAUUCGGUGAUUUGGACGAUGAUGAGGUUCAAAAGAAGCUCGAGGCUUUCAACAACGUAGUGAAGGGCAACGAUAGUUCGCAUCUGGUUGUCAUACCGCCCAGUGGCAAGCUACUCAGCGAUCAGCUCAUAGCCUCCGAGAUCAUGCUUGGUACCGGUGCCGCUGCCGCUGCCGGUGGCGGCAUGGAGAGUGGUGGUGGUGGCGGUGGCGGCGGCGGCGGCGGCGACUUUGGAGGUUUCGACUUCGACCCUAGUGCUGAUCCGGAGCUGGCCCUUGCCCUGCGUAUGAGCAUGGAAGAGGAGAAUGCAAGGCAGGCAAGGCAAGCCAAGGCCGAGGAAGAUGCAUCGGGCAAAACGAACCUCGAGGGUAUCCAAGAGGAGGGCGAGAACCAACCUUUACUAGAUAAGAACGGGGAGGCAAGUGGUUCCUCCAAGAAAGGCAAGGACGACGACAAGAUGGAUACAUCGUAG